UACUGCGGGCGCUGGCCUCUUCCCUCCGCGCGCCGGGGCUGGAGCGCGGGGCUCUGGCCGGGCCGCCCCUAACGGCCCGCUCCGCGCGCGGGAGUCUCGCUGGGCCGCGCGCGCGCGCUGGCUGAGGGCGGGGCGGGGAUGCUGCGCUCCGCGGGUUACUUCAGUGGCUUUUCCUGCCCUUUCGAUGGCGCCUCGGGCGCCGGCUGCCCGCGGCCCCACUGCCAGUAUAGGCACGAGGCGGGGCGGAGCGGGCAGCAGCCGCUGAGCGACGCCCCUGCCAUGGAGCUAGGUAAAAGUAUACAAGAAUUGGAAAGAAUCAAAAAAGCAAUUGAGUCAGUCAAGACUGAAGUUGAAGAAGGGCAGAAGAAACUCUCGCAGUAUAAUUUGCAAGAUGAAAUACCUAAAAACUCUUUGACAUCUAAAACAAAUGAUGUUAAAGGAAAUAAAACUUCCCCAGAUGAUGAUGGUCUGUGUAGCUCUCUUACAAAAGACAAAUGUCUUGUAGCUCCAGUCUCGAAGUACUCUAGCAAAGGCUGUCAUUUGGUAUCCAGUAAAUAUGUCAUUGACCAUAGUUGUCCAGCAACUGACCUUGAAUAUGAUCCACUGCUAAAUUAUUCUGCAGGCCUACUCAGCUCUUCCAUAAUGAAAGAGCAGGAAAAUGAGAUACAGCAAUUUAAGCGGGUGAAAAUGCCUCUUGCUGAUUUUCACAUGGAGUCUCCAAAAAUGUCUCCAUGUGGAAAUCGGCAUGGAUCCCCAAAGAAGAGAUCAAGAAGCUAUUCACCUAUCAAGCUUGAAAUAAAGCUCCAAGAAUCUGAUGAUGAUGAUAUUCUGGUUAUUGAUGCUCCACCAUUGACUGUCACUAAGAAGCCAAGAAUAAGUAGGAGCUUUAAAAACUGGAAUAGGGAAGAAAACAAACAAGUUGCUGUAACAUGUGCAGAAAAUCUGCAGAAUAGUAACGUAGCAGAAGAUGCUCUUAAGUCUAUUGAGGAAAAACGAGCAGAAGUUACUGUAAUUCUGCAAAAGGAUGCCAACGCAGAUGUAAGCAACCCUGAAAAAUCACUGAAAACUCCACCAAAAACUCAAAGUGCAUAUUUGCCUGAUGUGAAAAUUAAUGCUUUGAAGUCUUUAAAUAACCUUUGUGAACAAAGAAAAUCGUUUACUGUCUCUAAGGAAAAUAAUAUAUCUUCAAUUUCUCAUAUUAAGGCACAGACACAGAAAGAAACGUUGAAGAAAGAAGAUCCAAAGAGUGAAAUAUCAGUGAAAACAUCUGUUGAAGAAUUGAGUACUAAUAAAUAUAAAAACACACCGACUUGCAAGAGCGAGGCCCAAACUAGCCUGUAUUUUGAAGCCAGCUCAAAAGACAAAACUGUGCUAACUGCACAAGGGACUUGUAAAAAAUUACCUAUAAAUAUAGGGAAAAUUCAGAUCAUACACGAAAAUGGUGAAAAUGAAGUGUUGGGGAAUGCACCCAUUCAUCCCAGCACACCCUUGAAUUUGGGUGAGAAAAUUUGUCAUGAUGUAGAUCUCUUGACUAAAAACCGUAGUGGAGAAACUAAUAGUAAUACUAUGAACACUACCAUCCAAGAAAGUGAAAUAAUUAUAUUAGAUUCUUCUUCAGAAGAAGAGAUGGAGUAUAGUGAAGAGGAUACUGAACUCUCUGAAUCAGAUGACCCUAUAGAGGAAUGCCGGAGAAUUUUCAAUGAGUUUGUUGAAAGUGAAGCACAGAAGCAAGAAAUGGCUAAGCAGGCUCUUGGAGCUCAUGCUGAAGUAGAUACAUUGGAUACCAAGACAAAUAUGGUUCCUGGGCAGAAGAAAAGAAUUGCGCACACUGCAAAAUUUGAUGUACAGACCAACAAAGAAAUACUUGUGCCUUUUAAGGCACCUCUUCCACAGCAAUCUUGUCCUACCAGAAUCCUGCAGGCACAGCAACAGGCAGUGCAGAUAACAGCUGCUGUUAAAAGUGGACAGGCUUUUGUUGCUGCAACUUCUGGACAGAAGAAAACUGUACCUGUAUUGUCAACUACUCAGAUUCAAAACGUAGGACCAAUGGUAUGUUUAAAUUUGCUUGAAGUUCAACCUGUUGCAACCAGCAGUGGUCAACUGAAUGUAUUCCUUCAAGGAAAUGCUGUAACAGCAAUGCCAUGCAGACCUUCUAAUAUUUCAAUAAAAAGGAUUGCUCCCAUGCCUAUUAAGGUUUCUAGUCGGAGAAGGCUUUCUAUAAUUCCAGAAUCUGGAUCCAAAGUUCCACAUGACACAAGACAACGAUAUGUCAACUUUUUUGUUGAAGAAUAUUUGAAAGUUUGUAGGACAGUAAAUGAAGCUUUUGAUAAGGCAUUGGUAGAAGAAAAAGCAAUUUAUGAUCGUUGUGGCAGUAAAAAUAUGUAUCUGAACAUAGCUGUGAACACCCUUAAAAAGCUGAGGGAUCAAGGUAGUCUCUCUCCAAAUGGGCAGUCUUGUGGUAGCAGAUGGACUAAUACAACUGGAUCUAGAAAAUCGGAAGAGAAGAAUGAUUUUUCAGGGAUUGUUCUCUAUAGAAUUUUAAAAGACUAUGUUCUGACUGAGGAACAAUUGCAUGAGAGUGGCUACCCGCAACCAAAUCCUGAAAAACCUGGCAGUGCUAUAUUGGGUAAUGGCAUUACAAAAACAGCUGUAUCUGAUGCUUCCAAAAGAGUAUGUUGUAGAUGUGGAGAAAUAUACACUGUUACUGCUUCAGGAAAGCACAUUCGUAAAGAAGAAUGCAACUACCAUUCUGGUAGAGUACUAAGACAAAAAGUUCCUGGUGGCUUGGAAACACGGUAUAGCUGUUGUGAAGGAGUAGUUGGGUCUCCUGGAUGCCAGGUUGCAAAGCUCCAUGUCCAUGAUGGCCGAAAGGAGAACCUGGAUGGCUUUGUGAAGACAUUUAUCAAACUAACUCCAGCUGAUGGAAAUCAUGGUGUGUUUGCACUCGACUGUGAGAUGUGUUACACAACACAAGGUCUGGAACUUACUAGAGUGACAGUGGUUGAUUCAAACCUACAGGUUGCCUAUGAUACACUUGUUAAACCAGAUAAUGAAAUCAUAGACUAUAAUACUAGAUUUUCUGGAGUGACAGAAGAGGACUUGAAGAACACAUCAUCAUCUAUUCGGGAUGUGCAGGCAAUAUUGCUAAACUUGUUCAGUGCAGAUACUAUUUUAAUUGGACACAGCUUAGAAAAUGAUUUAUUUGCUCUUAAGCUGAUUCAUAACACUGUUGUGGACACAGCAGUGGUGUUUCCUCAUCGGCUAGGCUUGCCUCAUAAAAGAGCACUUAGAAAUCUAAUGGCUGAUUACCUCAGACGAAUUAUUCAAGAUGAUGUUGGUGGCCAUGAUUCUAGUGAAGAUGCUGCUGCUUGUAUGGAACUGAUGCUUUGGAAAGUAAAGGAGGAUACUAAGGGCAGAAAAUGGUGAUUUUCUUCAAGAACAGCAUAAUCAACAUGAAGCGACUUCCCUUUCCAUAAUAUUUCAGUAUUAAUCACUUUUAGUGUGUGUUGCAGUCAAUGGGGUGCUUCCACAAAAACAUUACUAAUAGUGCCAGUGUAAAAGUGUAUCAACCCCCCUGUAACUACAUUGAAUAUUCAGUGGAGUGUACUUAAACAGUCUGUAAGGAUUUUUGUACAAGAAUUAUUUAACGUUGGAUGUUUGCUAUUAAGAGUAUAAUUUUUGUUCAGUGUAAAAAUGUGGUUAGUUGGAGGGGUUGGUUCUGUACCUACUACUUAACAGCUUUGCACUGCUGAUGAUCUAAACAGUAAGAAACAAGAACUUGGUUUUUCUAUUUUUAAAACUUGUACCAAAUUAUCUUACAAUACAAAACAAAGAACUAAUUUGCCUGACCCCCUUUAUAGUGCCACUGCUGCUGUCUGCAAAUCACACCUGGAAAGUCAAUUUCUCUCCUACUUCUCUUCCAUCCUCUCCCUCUUCUCUCCCCCUCCCCCACCAAAGAGUGGUGUAGAAAAACAAAUUGGAGAAACACUACAAUCUUCUCACCUAUGUCAGUUUUCCCCAAGAAAUGUACAUGUUAAAAAGUAAAAUGCAUCUAAACCAGAAAGUAGAAGUUAGGCUACCUGUAAUCUGAACUCUUGUUUAUGGAGAACCUAAUGAUUUAUAUCUUUUAUUUUGACCUGUUUUUGAUAACCUUACUUUGUAAAGAUGUUUUGGUAGGGUCACUUUUUUUUUUAAAUGAAGCAAAGUUAAAAAGCAAUAAGCUGUCAGUUACAAUCAUCAACCUAAACAAAAAAAAAAUCCAAAUUAAAGGUGUUACUGUUUACUGCAAAGGACAUGUUGGCCACUUAUUUCUCACAAAGCUACAAUGUUUUUCUUCAUAGACCCAUAUGUACAUCCGUAAUCUGAUCCAUAAUUUAUGCUGUAGCAAUAGCUACAGAUUUUGGAAGUGGUAAUGUGCAAAAUAUGAAACUUGUGCAAUCUAUGUGGUGUGAUUUCUCUCGUGGUAGAGAGCAGAUAGAGUGCAUUGAAAUCCUUCCAAGAUUCUAGCUCAACCUGGAUACCUGUGUCAUGUAGAAUGCCAUUUUACUUACGCACUCUCUUGUUAAUGAAAUAAUGUAAAGGAAAAAAUGACACCAAACCUGGAGGUGCUGGUGCAGGGAAGGUGGAGUAAACAACUGUAUUCCAAAUCAGUAGCAGGUUAAGCACCUGCUAGAAAUAACCAUGUGGUGGAAUGCUAUGCAACAGUACACCACGACAAAGGGUGCUUUGCACAAAGUACAUUUAGCUAAUGAAAACA